AUGGACGCAGGGAAGCAUGUACGUGCGUCAGAUCUAGAUUGUGAGUCUGUGUACGAUGCGGCACAAAAGAAGUGGGCUGACCGAGUCGGAGAGAUGCAUGUGGCUAGCGGAGAUAGACAGCGAAUUGCAUUUGAAGAAGCCGAGCCUUCCAGUGCUAGAGAACGCCGUAAUAAAGGGUGGGCGCUUAAAUCAACUAAGCGGACCAACAGGAUGGAAGAGAAAGUAAAAGCCUUUCUUGUUCAGAAAUUUAACCAAGGAGUAGCGGGAGGGCAAAAGGCUGAUCCAAUUCACGUGGCUAGAGAGAUGAAGAGUAUUAGAGAUAGCAAUUCAAACCAGACGAAUGGAGAACCGCUCAACAAACUAGUAACUUUUUCGCAAGGAUGUCAGCGUUGCAGCGCCACAGACAAGCUGAUGAAAUAGAGCGCCAGGAGGAGGAACAACGAGUAACAGACGAAGACCUCACAGCCCUUGAAUCAGAAGACCACAUUCAAGCCAUACGCCAGGAGGUUUACAGAGACAUUGAACAAACUAUCGGUCACCUAGCCUGCGGUGCAGCCGGCCCACGUAUCGCAUAUAGUGUGGAUAAACAAGGUUUAAAGGGUCUGCGCGCAGGCUAUCGGUCACCCUAUUAAAAUAGAAGCAGUAAACGUUUGUGAACUUUCGCGUGCUGGAAAGCAAAGUUCGCUGAAGUUAGCACAGUUGAGAGAAGUAUGCAGAGCAUUAAGUCUGCAAACAAAUGGUAGCAACUCAAGAAAACGAACUUUUACUGAACCACUCAUGCCUACGCUAAGUUGUGCUCAUGUCGGAAAUAACUGA